AUGAACAGAGAUGUUCUUGUUUGGCACGUUAUGCUGUGGUUUGCCCUCCUCCAACAUCAAAUCAGUGCGCGCUCCCCAGCUCCAUCGAUUUCGCCGAUUGAUGCUGGGUCAACUGAAUCAAGCACUGACUGGGGCCGGACACCGCUUCAUGAAGCAGCGGAGUUUGGUGCCAUGGAUAAGGUCCAGGAGAUCUUGACCACAAGUGCAUCCCUUGCACAGGUGUCCGCACCCGACGAUUUGGGUUGGACCCCCUUGCAUUGGGCUGCCUUGCAUGGCGACGAGGAGAUGGCAUCGGCAUUGGUCGAGGCGCAGGCGGCAGUUGAUGCACAGGAGCAUGAGUUUGGCUGUCAACCAUUGCAGUGGGCGGCCCGACGCGGUCACCUUCAGCUCAUCCGCCUUCUUCUGAAUGCCGGUGCACCUGCGGAGCACACAGACCGGGAGGGCCGCACAGCGGCUGCUUGGGCGCGCUUGACGGGGCACGUAGAAGCUGCAGCCUUGCUUGAAGUGGGAGGCUCAGAAGCUGAGGCCUCCGAAUCCUCCAAGCUGCACCUCUACAGCAGGGCGGGCGUUGAGACGACUGACAGCACUAUUGAAGCAGACGAGGCGUAUGCCAUGACAACCCUGCAUGUGGCUGCCGCCAGCGGCCAUGAUUCGAAGAUCGCCCGUCUGCUGGGGUCAAGCAAAUCAAGUGCGUUCUCGGCCCAGCUGUCGGCACAGGAUGUUUGGGGGCGGACGCCUUUGCUGGCAGCGAUACAGUCCCGCCAGCGAGGUGCCCAAGGAGCGUUGCAGCUGCUCCGCGCAGCGCCAUCUGGGUAUCAGGCAGAUCAUACAGAUCAUGAUGGACGCGGGCCCCUACACUGGGCAGUUCUGGCAGGCGAGCUGCCCCUCUUGCAGGAGCUCCGUAAGCUGAACCUGUCGGUGUCGGAUGCAGCCCCGGACCGCUGGGGACGCACGCUGCUUCACUAUGCAGCAUCAAAUGGGCACAGCGGAGUCAUGGCAGAAUUGCUGGAAGCUCAGCUGGACCCAGAUCCCAAAGAUCGAUCUCAGUCGACGCCUUUGCAUCUUGCCUCGGCCAGGGGCCACUCAAACGUAGUGCAACAGCUGCUGAAGCACAAUGCGUCUUCGAAUGCGACAGACCUCCUCCAGAGAAGCCCCCUUCACUACGCGUCAAUGUUUGGACAUGUUGCAGUCAUGAGACUUCUUGUGGAUUCGGGUGCCGUGUAUUCUGCCGAGGAUUUAGAUGGUGAGACUGCUGCAGCAUAUUUGGCGAGGACACCGUUUCUCCACUAA